GACGCGAACAAACCUUAUGAAAAGGGAGGAGAGUUGCCAAUCUUGCACUCUCGCACAGUCGCGAAUCCAAUCUUGACUUCUUUGGGGGAACCACGUGGCCCAUCCGGACUACCCGGAGGGAGUGACAGUGGGUAUUCGACCGUGCGCGAAAGUUGACGUAUGUCGAGGUGUUUUCUCCACAGAUUCGUUGAUUUCGUGAAAACAGAUCGUGACGCGCAGCUGCGCGCCUCUGGAACAGCUUUGGGAAAUAAACGAACAAGCGAAUGAUCGAACGUGUCUCUCCCACGAUACCGGUGCACUUUUCACCGAGGUGAUAAUUGUCGCGUUGCCAAGAUGAACGAGAUGGACCGAAUGGCUUGUUGCAAUGAAGAAUCUUUUCUGCAGCCGCUGCAAGCGGUGUACACGGGUCAAUCAACUCACGCUACCGCCGUUAUUUCGACGUCUCCCGUGACGCCGAUACUGGCAACGUGUGUUAUCACCGCAGCCGACAAGGUCACUGCCGUAAAUACCAAUUUUACCCACGUGCCAGAUGCCGAAUCAGCUGGUAGCCCUACUACCACCUCGCCGCCGUCUCCGCUGGACUCCCGUAUACCGAGGCCAUCGCCGUCGGCUCUGCGUCGCGCCGCGAGCUUGCGCUUGCGCGGCGAACGUCUACCACCACAUUAUCCGCGAUCCACCACUGCCGCUGCAGCCAGCACGGCCCUGCUCGGCCACCAACAUCAUCCCCGUCGUCACAACCACCUCCUGCAAUCGUCGCAGCAGCAUCAACAUCCGGAUCAUCGUAUUUUCCCGGUCAUCACGGAGAAUGGAACUGACUCGCCGCGACAACGAUCCUUCAGUCUCUCACUGACACCGGUGAGGCCGCGGCCAGGUCACGCGGCCUCUGGAGGAACAACAGUAGCGGGAGUCAACGACGACAGCGAUGCCGAGAGCGUGAAGAGUUAUAGCAGUGCUUGCAGCACAGCGAGCGCCUGCGAGCAUGCCUCCUUUGCGUUGAAUGGCACCACCUGGUCUGGUCGAUCGCGAAAAUAUGUGGUGCAUUGCUCGAAUUAUGUCGGCGAUAGCGAACAGUACCUCACGCCUACUCAGAGAGCAGCUAAACAAGUCCGAAAGUUUCAGGCUUUAUUGAAGGAAGCGCGCAAAGAAAUCGAUGAGAAGGAUCGGGAGAUCUUGCGUUUGACGAAGGAGGUCGUAGAGUCUCUUACCGUGCGUGAGAACAAUCCCUUCUCACCGGAGUCGCCGAGCAAGGAUCUUCCUGAUGAAGGUGCCGCGGAGAAAUCCAUCGCCAGUCCGGAAACUCCGGAGAAGCGUGUGCACACAGAUCUCCCCUCGUCAUUAGCUGACUCCGGACACUUUGAAGAUGGUUCCGUCCAUUCGAAAGACUCCGUAUGCCUGCCUGAGUCGCAGCCGGAGAUUACUGUCAACACGACAACGUGUGCUAAUACGGUACCCAAUGAUAUUGUUUCCGAUGUCAGUCCUGUGACACCAACAAGUGUAGAACGAGAUGAAGAGAGGCGUCGAUUAGUUAGUCAUUACGAAAAUAGAAUCGAGGAUAUGCAUAGGCGGCACAUUGACGAACUGCAGGAGCUCAAACAAAAGCACAAUGAUAAGGUGGAAAGCUUAUUGAAUCAACUGUCCGAGGUCAACACUCGGUACUGUGAGGUGCGGCCGGCUAUGGAUACCGCCGAAGCUCGUGCUCGUGAAUUAGAAACGGAAUUAGAGGCUGUGAAGACUGAGCUUAAUGAACAGAAAACGCUUUUGAAUGAACAAGAAGAGAGAAAUAAGCAAAUGUACCUGAAAAUGUAUGCCAAAGGUCAAGAAGCCGCGCGCAUUGAACAAGCCGAUCAGAUAUUCGUGCAGGCACAUCAAUCACCGCCUAAAGUCACCGUUGCAGAAUUGCUUCAACAGCUAACUAUCACACAAGCUGAGUUAGAGAAUAUUAAGGACACAAGCUACUCGCCUGAACCUCACAUUUCAGCCGAACAAAGUUUAUUAAGCGCUCAGGAGGCUGUUUCUCUCUGGGUCCUUGGCACACGUAAGGCAAUGUAUAGGCGUAUUGUAGAGGCGAGAAGCAGUCAAGGUACUCUCGAUCCGGAAAUUACUCUUCAGUUCCUCAAGUCAGCGAUCUACUAUUUCCUAACUGAUAAGGAGAAUCAUCACGGUCACUUAAAUGCUAUUGAAAGUAUCUUGGGUUUCACGGAUGCGGAAAGACACAACAUUGAUAGAUACUAUCGAUCGGCGAGAAAAUAAUAUUUAAAAAAAAUUUUAAUAUAGAAAGUAUUUUAUCAUUAUAUCAUU